CUGCAGCCAGCAGUCUGGAGGUCUCCAUGCCGGCAGUGGUUGAAGCAGAGAUUGGGGGCACAGCCAGGAUCGAGUGCAACUUCUACACUCCUGGGAAUGGUUCCUACACCUCUAUCAGCUGGUUCUAUGUGAAUGGACCGCAACAACCGGGUGAGGCUGUGCCGCAUCGCGGCAGCGAGAUCCUGGAGGAGAACGUGGACUACAAGGGGCGGCUGUCCGUGGGGGAGGACCAAGCCCUGUCCAUCAGCAGGGUGACGGUGCAGGACGCCAGGACCUUCGUGUGCCAGGUUGGGGAAGGUAGCCAUGUCAUGGGCGAGAACCAGACCAGGCUCCAUGUCUACAAGGUUCCUGAGGCCCCUGAGAUUGUGGCCAGCUCAGGAGGUGCCUCCGUGCAGAGCAGUGAAAUCCCAGAGAUUGCCCGCUGUGUGAGCAGGAACAGCUUCCCACCCCCCAAUAUUACGUGGCACAAGAAUGGGGAGCAGCUGCAGCUGGAGGAGAACAUGGUGAAGAUGCCGUUCACACUGACACGCGAGUCAAGCGGGCUGUACACAGUGAGCAGCACCCUCUUUGCCCACGUCACCCGCGAGGACCGCAACUCCCUGUACCACUGCUCCGUGCACUACUGGCUGCGGGGACAGCGGCGCACCGUGGAGUCGCGGCGAGUCAACAUCACCGUGUUCUACCCUGCGGAGCACGUGAAGCUGCAGGUCAUGCCGUCCUCGGCGCUGGUGAAGGAAGGGGAUGAUGUGCAGCUGGUCUGUGAGGCAGAUGGGAACCCAGCGCCUGUCUUCAGUUUCUUUAAGAGAGGGCUGGAUGACAUCUGGCACGACCUAUCGUCGCUGGCAGACACCAACAGCGGGGUGCUGAAUCUGCACGAUGUGAAUAAGAGCAGCAGUGGCCUGUACAGAUGCCAGACCCUGGACUUGGAUGAUAUGAGACAGCUAGAGAAGGAUGUGGAGCUGGUUGUGAACUACAUUGAAGGGGUUCGUGUGAAGAUGGAGCCAUCCUCACCCCUUCGUGAAGGGGAUAGUGUGAGGCUGAGCUGCAGUGCCCACAGCCCUUUGUCCCUGGACUACCAGUGGAGGGAUGAGAAGGGCAGGAAGGUCGCAGAGGGGAACCAGCUCUUCCUGAGCAACCUCACCUUUGAAACCUCCAAUAACUUCAGCUGCAAGGUGAUGGCACCAAGUGUGCCGGGGCUGGAGCAGAGCAAGCAGGUGGCUGUGGCUGUUCAGGGGAAGCCACGAAUCGUCGCCAUCAGCUCCCCGCUGUACGUGCGGCAGGACGAGGUGGUGAACCUGACAUGCAAGGCCAUUGCUUUCCCCAGGCCUUCUGUUCACUGGAACGUCAAUGGGACGGCUCAUGAGUAUGUGGAAAACCAGCACAUCGCCAGCAACCUGACAGUGCGUGUGAGCCACGACCUGCUGCGGGCAGGAGCCAUGUGCAGGGUGUCCAAUGCGCUGGGUGUCAGCGAGAAGCACAUCCAGCUGCUGGAUCAAAAGAUACAAGAGAGCAAAGGAGUGAUCAUUGUGGUGAUCAUCGUCUGCAUCCUUGUGGUGGCUGUGCUGGGGUCUGUCAUCUACUUCCUGCACAAGAAAGGCAAGAUCGCAUGUGGCCGCGCUGGGAAACAGGACAUCACAAGGCCAGAGGCACGUAAAGACAAGAUUGUAGUAGAAGUUAAGUCAGAUAAACUGUCCGAAGAGGAGGGGCUCAUGCAGGGCGCCAACGGCGAGAAGAGAUCUGCCGCUGACCAGAGCGAGAAAUACAUCGAUCUGAGAAACUAG